UUCAAUCAGCUGUGGGAAAACCGCGUUUUCUCGGAGCCUGGCGCUUUACCACAUCAGAUGACGUCAUCUCGUUGCUCGUUCUAAGGCGGGUUGUAGCGUCGGUCGACCUGUCCUCCAGGUGGCAUCAUCAAUCAUCAGUUUCAUCCAGAUGAUGGCGUCUAUCGAGGCAGAUUCUAGGAGAAGAGCGGCCGAGGAGUGAAUAGAAAUAAAAAGUUACAGAAAAACCUCGUCUGAACACGCUGUGAGCGGAUCUGAGGUCAGUUAAUCAUUGAGCCCCGGGGAGUUACACACUUUCUGCGCUGGGCUUCACUUCCCAUUCGGACCCAGAGUAAAAGCCAGAACCACGAACGGCCGUAAACCAGCGCGUGCGACGCGUGAUGGCUUCAAAGUAAAACUACCGCCUCGCUCCUCGACACUGGCGCGUGCGCCGCCGCGGCCGCAGGGACCAUGAGCGACUACGAAGCGGAGACGGGCUUCCUCGGGGAGUGGGGCCGCUUCCAGAAGCAGGUCUUCUUCCUCCUCUGUCUCACCGUCAUCCCCAACGGCCUGAGCGGCCUCUCCGUCGUCUUCCUCGCCGACACGCCGCCGCACCGCUGCGCCGUUCCCGCCGGCGCCAACCUCAGCGCCGCGUGGCGGAACAGCAGCGUUCCGCUGGAGGACGACGGCCGGCGGCCCAGCAGGUGCUCCCGGUACCAGCUGCGGGCCAUGCUCAGCUUCUCGCAGAGCGGCGUGGAGCCCGUGGACGUGAACCUGUCCGCUGUGCCGCAGGAAGGCUGCGUGGACGGCUGGGAGUACGACCGCAGCGUCUACGCGUCCACCAUCGUCUCUGAGUGGGACCUGGUGUGCGACGACCGCUGGAAGAACCCGCUGACCUCGUCCGUGUUCUUCGUUGGGGUUCUCACGGGCUCCUUCGUUUCAGGGCAGCUCUCUGACAGGUACGGGAGGAAGGUCGUGCUGUUCGUCACCAUCGCCAUCCACGCGGCGUUCACGUUCAUCCAGUCCUUCUCUACAUCCUGGGUCAUGUUCUGCGCCGCGUUCUUCAUCAUUGGACUCGGACAAAUCUCCAACUACAUGACCGCCUUUGUGCUGGGGACAGAGGUUCUGGGCCCGCGGGUCCGCUCCAUCUUCUCCACCGCCGGCAUGUGCCUGUUCUUCGGCGUGGGCUACAUGCUGCUGCCGCUGCUCGCCUUCUUGGUGCGGGACUGGAGGACGCUGCUGCUGGGGCUCGCGCUGCCCGGGGUCCUCUGUUUGCCGCUGUGGUGGUACAUCCCGGAGUCGCCUCGCUGGCUGCUCUCUCAGGGCAGAGUAGAAGAAGCGGAGGCCAUAAUAAGAGAUUCUGCGAAGAAGAACAAGAUCCAGCCUCCGGCGACCAUCUUCAGCUCUUCUUAUAACGAGCUUCAGCCCAAGAGGAGAAAGGCUCUCAACAUCUGUGACCUGCUGCGUUCCAGAAACAUACGCUGGAUCUCUGUCACGCUGUGGAUGGUGUGGAACAUGGUGACCAUCGGCUACUACGCGCUCUCCCUGAACACGGGGAACCUGCACGGCGACGCGUACUUCAACUGCUUCCUGUCGGCUGUGGUGGAGAUGCCGGCCUACGCCCUGUCCUGGGUCAUGUUCCGCUGGUGCUCCAGGCGCCUCAGCCUCUUCUCGUCCCUCCUCGUGGGAGGAGUCUUCCUCCUGCUCGUACAGCUCAUUCCGGCAGACCUGGUUUUUCUCGCCAUCUCGCUGGAGAUGAUCGGGAAGUUUGCGCUGACGAUCGCCUUCGCCAUCGUGUACGCGUACACGACCGAGCUCUACCCCACGGUGCUGAGGAACACGGCCCUGGGCGCCUGCUCCAUGGCCUCCAGGAUCGGCAGCAUCAUUGCUCCAUACUUCAUUUACUUGCGAAGCUACUCCGUUUCACUGCCUUACAUCCUCAUGGGAAGCCUCACAGGCCUCGCGGCGUUGCUCAGUCUCCUGCUGCCUGAGAGCUUUGGAAUGCCUCUGCCCGAAACAAUCGCUCACAUGCAGCACUUCCCCGGAUGUUGUCGGAAGACGCCUUCUAAGACGCCCCGAACAGAGGAGGAGGGAAACACUCCAGUAUAGAAGAAGGAGGACGAACGUCUGCUGAACGGACGUCCAUCAGGUCACGUGAGCAGACGUGAACUAGAACCGGACAGAGGUUGAGACGGUGGUGCCUUAAAAUGUCACAGGAGAGGUUUUCUCACCGCAAAAUGCAAUGUAGCAACAUGUGCACUAGACGUACUCAUAUGCUCAUAAACUAUGCAACUCUCCAUAUUUAUAUAUCGUUUGUUUUACAUAUGGAACAGUAGCCACAUUUAGAGCUUUGUUGUACAGCAGCAUUUUUAUUUCACAUUUAUGAUGUGAGAAACAGUCGUUUCACAAUUUCUAGCAUUUUGCUCUUUAUUACAGUACUGUAUGUCCUUCUUUACACACAUUACAUUCCUAACUGUAUCUAAAUGAGGAAAUUAGAAAAAAAUCCACCUUUUACAUAGUGUAACAACAUAGAGUGCAGACUUGUGUGAUUGUAGUUUAGUUGGUGUUGUAAUGACGUCACAACAGAAAAACAACUUUAUGACAUUAUACUCGUACACAUCAGGCUUUAACUACAAUACCUUAACAUCUGUGUAAUAAACAAUAAUUAUUCAUUAA